AAUGUGAGGACUAUUUCUGUGGCUCCACUCGCAGAGUGAUUCUGGUUCUGCUGUGAGAGAGAGAGAGAGAGAGAGAGAGUUUGUGUACAUCGGAGGAGAAGGAACCAGGGGGAGGAAAAAACAGGGAAUCAAGAAGCAGGCGACUCACCCCCCUCCCCCUUAAGUCUCCCCGACUCCCUGCUCCCUGUCACUCCAUCCUUCCUCCCCUGGGCUGGAAAACCCUCCAGCCCUGCUUUGAGGCAGACCGUGGACCACACCCCCGCCUCCGUUCAGGACCCUUGGACUGUCCUCUCUUCUUCCUCCCACCGACCUCACCCGCCCGUCAGCAGAUCCACCGAUAGAAGCUUCGUAUCUGAUUGGCUCUGACGCGCCUGUUGGUGAGGAGCAGUGACGUGCAACCAUAAAAACAAACAAAAAAAAAAACCCAUCUGACUCUCAUUCUGCUGGACAGCUGCCGGCCACAGGUCACAUGACCUGGAAGAAAAAAACCCAGAAGACCUCUGGGAUUGCUCUUUGCGUGGGCCGGCAGUUCACCAAAAGGAAAGUCAAAACGUUGAAGAUGAAAAGAUGAACUGAGCAGCGUGUGUCCUAUGUUCACGGCACUCACACUCAAGCAGAAACCUGGUGGUUACAGGCGAAGUGUGACUUAAAGGUGUGUCGUUCUGUGGAUGGCACCUGAUUGGUUGGCUGGAACGUCACACUCCUUACUCUCUUCUGACCAAACCCUUAUUCCAGGACCGGACUCACCUGGUCCACCAUGGAGCCCAUCAAGGUCCAGUCGGAUGGGGGUCUCAACGUCACCCUCACCAUCCGUCUUCUCAUGCACGGAAAAGAGGUGGGAAGUAUAAUAGGAAAGAAGGGGGAGACAGUGAAAAAAAUGCGUGAAGAGAGCGGGUCACGGAUCAACAUCUCCGAGGGCAACUGUCCAGAGAGGAUCGUCACCAUCACUGGACACACCGACACCAUUUUCAAGGCUUUCGCCAUGAUCGCCUACAAAUUUGAAGAGGACAUUAUCAACUCCAUGAGCAACAGCACAGCCACCAGCAAGCCGCCCGUCACCUUGAGGCUCAUCGUACCAGCCAGUCAGUGUGGCUCGCUCAUAGGAAAGGGCGGCUCCAAAAUAAAAGAGAUGAGAGAGUCCACAGGAGCCCAGGUGCAGGUAGCCGGGGACAUGCUGCCCAACUCCACCGAGCGUGCGGUGACAAUCUCCGGGACACCAGAAGCCAUCAUCCAGUGUGUCAAACAGAUCUGUGUGGUCAUGCUGGAGUCUCCACCAAAAGGUGCCACAAUCCCUUAUCGUCCAAAGCCGGCGGCCACCCCGGUGAUUUUCUCUGGAGGGUGGGCCUAUACAAUUCAGGGACAGUACGCCGUGCCACACACCGACCAGUUGACCAAGCUCCACCAGUUGGCUAUGCAGCAAACCCCCUUUACCCCCCUGGGACAGACCAUCCCCGCUUUCCCUGGUUUGGACACCAGUCCACCGGCCAGCACCCAAGAACUCACCGUUCCUAACGAUCUGAUAGGCUGCAUCAUCGGACGCCAGGGAACCAAAAUUAACGAGAUCCGACAAAUGUCCGGAGCGCAGAUCAAAAUCGCAAACGCCAUGGAAGGAUCGUCGGAACGCCAGAUCACCAUCACGGGGGCGCCGGUUAACAUCAACCUGGCUCAGUACCUCAUCAACGCAAGGCUGACGUCUGAGGUCACAGGAAUGGGGGCGCUCUAGACCCCUCUGCUCUGCACCUGGAGUAUUUAUUUCUUUCACGCCGUCCACAGAUGAAAGUGUGAGUGACGAGUUCACCUCUGACCGAUUAUUUUAUAUAUUUCAAACUAACUUUUGGUCAAAUGUUCGUCUUAGAAUCAAUUCACGAAGCUGUCACAGGAGUGCUGCCUCCUAGUGGUUAAGAAAUAAGCCCCCAGACCAGAGCAGCCCCAGGGAGUCAGACAUAAUAAUAAUAAUAGUAAUAAUAAUAAUAAAAAGAGUCCCUUAUUUUCUCCUGUCAUGGGAACAUUUAUAGUGUAAGUCUCUUGUAACUGACAUGGGCUGCCACAGGAGGCGCAAUUAAGUACAUGGUUGUAACUCACAGGCUGGGAUUUGUGGUCUGUCUGGGAAUUGAAUUGCUCUGUGCUACUUGUAAGACAGGCGUGCUAACUGCUACACUAUGAAGCCAUACAGUAGAUGUGCGUCCCAACUCGCAGGCCGCGACCCAGAUGUUUUUGUUUUGUUUGUUUUUACAACAGAAAUACAUAUCUGCGUUCCUCUGUUCAAGCCUCUGGUUCUUUACAUUUGCUUUAGUGAAAAAGAAAAGGUUUGGGGGGGGGCAGUAAAUAUAUACACCAGCCUAUACUAAUUACAGGUCAAAAAUAUGGCUCGUGGGCCUUAAUAGGCACGACACAUAUUGCAAAAAUUUGUAUAUUUUUUUCCAAAAGUUUUGCUGCUGUUCCUUAAUUGUACACUAGAGGGCACAUUAGUAGCAUACACAACACAACCCUGAGACUGGAAACUAAACAGCCGUGGCAGCAGUGAAGGGCAGUUGUUCUCAGAUGUUUCCUCUUUGACUUUGACCCUCGGGGUUGGGACCCUGACUGGACCAAAAUGGACCAAAAUGGACCACUUGUGUUUGCAGAGGGACAUGGACGAUGUGUGUGUUUGGUGUGUUUGGAAAAACUCAGUGUUUUUAGAGAAUCUCUCUCUGCACUGCGGUGGAAAACUAACGGCUGAAAACAGCUGACGUGGACGUCCUGUUGUUAUAAGUGCGUUUAUUUAUUUUAUUGUUAAGAAUUUCAGGUUGUUUAAAAAAAAAAGUUUUUUAAAAGUUUAUUUCAGGUGUCCUUUUAUUUAUUUUAUUCUCACCAGUGGAUCUGAUUGGUGAAAAUGGUGUUGAUGUUAUUUAUGUUGUCAUUUUCUCCUGGUCCAGCCCACAUUUUAGAUCUGAUUAGGCUGUACAGCAUGUGACCUCUGACCUAAAGUCUUAAAUGUUGUUUCUCUUUUUUUAUAUAUAUAUAUAUGUUUCAGGUUAUUUAACAAACUGUUUCUGACCUUAAACGACCUCUGGUGGACUGUGUUGGUUCGUUCGACCUCAUGUUUUAGCGAGUACUUUAGACACAAAAAGUACUGAGCAGAUGUCAAGGACUCCGCAACAUUAAGUUGUGUGUGUGUGUGUGUGUGUGUUCUGUCGAGACAGCACGGACCAAUCUGCAUGAUGUAUUUUACAUUUAAUCUAAACAUAAUCACACAGAAGAGAGAGAGAGAGAGAGAGAAAGGGGGUGGGGUUAAAAGCCAUAUGCAGUUAUUCAUAAAUUAAUCUGGAUGUCACUGUGACCCCAGUGUGACCCCAGUGUGACCCCAGUGUGACCCCAGUGUACAGAGGUUGGUGUGAGUAAGAAUGGAACACACGCAUGUUCUCACGACACCACAUAACACUCAGUAUAUUAUCUAACCAUAUACGUAUUGUAUACUUUACUUUUACUACAUUCUCUGCAUAAGUACACAGGAUACCUCUCAGUACUCCUAAAUUACCCCCCUCUGUGGUUUUCCGGGGUAUUUGGUUCUGUGAGGUCAUCAAUCAAGUUUUUAUCUCCUCCCUGUAGGUUAUUGUUUUUUCGCUGUUUUUUUUAAUUAUUAUUAUUAACGGAGUAUUUUCCCAGCCUGAAUAAAGACCCAGUAGGUGGCAGUAAUGCUGAGUUAGAUGUUGGCAGGAAUAGCUUGGCGCUACCUGCUAACGUGCAGCUAAAACGCCCUGUCGUAGCAUACCACUAACACACUACAUACUAGCGCACAGCUACAGUACAACACCACUUAUAUGCUAGACGCUAAUGCGCCAAUAACGCGCUACAUGCUAAGUGUAGUUCCUGUAUAAAAACCAGUUACCUCACCAUAAGUCUUUCUUACAGGGAGGGGUGAAGGGUAGGAGUGUUUAUUGGGAAGAAUCUGGCGAUACGAUACGUAUCGGAAGAUUCAUACGUAUGUUCUUCUUAUUAUCAAAAUUAUAACGUAGUAAAUCGGUACAUACGUACUUAAAGUGGUACACUAACAUCAGAUAUUCACUUCUGAAAAUGAUCAAUACUCAUGUUGACCUGUACAACUGCGCUGGGGGGCGGGGGCAACUGGAGACGUUAUUUAUUUAUUUAUUUAAGAAACUAAAUAUUUAUACAGUGUGGUGUCAUCGGCAAACUUGAUCAUCAGAGUAUUUUAUUUACCCUGUAAAUGUUGUUAUAUUUUGGUCUAAGUCGGUCGUGUUUUUUUAUUAUUAUUAUUUUAACACAAUCUUUAUUGAAUAUUUGAAAAAAAAAACAGAGUAAAUGUAAACGUUCAGUAUAUCUUUCUUUUUUUUAAACUUUUUUUUUAAAUAUUUAAAACACGUGUAAAAAAACUGAAGAAGGAACCAAACAGAGUCUGAUCUGUGUUCAAACACACGCCUAAAAUGUGGGCACAGUGCAGUAAACGAUGAUGUCACACGAUGUUUAUAAUUUACAUCCUGAAGGUCUGACUGUCUAAUCAGGUUGAUUCUUAGAUGUUUUGUAAAAAAAAAAGAGGAAAAAAAACUCAAUAAAGUUUUUGUUGUCUUUC